CUAAAAAAUCUGAGUAUCUUUGUCUUUUGUAUAUCCAUAAAGUUUUGAAAAAUCCAAAUAUCUCAGAGAUAUAUAGAGAGGAUUGAAUUUCUUGAGCAAACCGUAUUCUUUCGUGAGUCCAUUGAUGAGAAUGGGUUGAGGAAAGCUUGAAUUCAAUUCUUACAAUGACGAAUAUAAGUGCAAUUGAAAUUCUUGGAGACUUAUACAUUUGUGUUUUUGUACACUUCACAAACUCAAUCUCUAUCCCGGAAGAACCAUAUAGCCAAAGAAACUAUGAAACAAAAUAAAAAACAAAAAUUAAAAUAUAAUAAUUUUCAUAUUUUAUAUGCCUUCGACAAAUUUUUUAGCCAAAAAAAAAAACAAUGAUUUGUUUAUUUGUUGCAACGAGAAGACCGAAAGAAAUCAUGUUGGAACCAAUAAUGUGAUCAACGUGCUACUCAAGAACUCUGGGAUUUGUAAAAAAAAAAAAAAAAAAGAAGAACAUACUAGGAAUAUGAGAGACCAAAACGUAGAAGCAGAGAUUUGCUCCUACUUUCUUGCUAAUCUAGUUGGCUACUCAGCUUAUCUUCUCACUUUCAAAAGAUUUCAAAACCUUAAAUGAUAAAUCAAACCAGGAUAAAUCUGGGAAUCUUUUUUUUUUUUACCUUCUGCCUUCGAAUUUGAGAAAAGAGAGUUCUCAUUGCCUGUAUGAAAAUGGCAUGGUGUUGGGUUUUUCUGUUAUUGGUUGCAAACUUAAACUUCGGUUGGGCUCACUUCAAUGGAGCAAAACAUCAUCCCCUGGCUAGAAUCAAUAUCCUCAAAGCUUCUCUUGCCUUUCAUAACUCAGCUUCCAUUACAGCUCAACCUGUUCUUCUUGGUUUAAAGGGCGAGGAUACUCAAUGGGUUACUGUGAAUUUUGUAAAUCCGAAUCCAUCUAUAGGAGACUGGCUUGGAGUCUUUUCUCCAGCAAAAUUCAACUCAUCAACCUGUCCACCGGUGAAUGACCCAAAACAACAGCGUCCAUAUAUCUGUUCAGCUCCUAUAAAGUACAAGUAUGCAAAUGAAUCCAGCUCCGGUUAUACAAAGACAGGCAGCGGUUCUCUGAGGUUCCAGCUUAUAAAUCAGCGAGCAGAUUUCUCCUUUGCUUUAUUUUCGGGAGGAUUAUCAGAUCCCAAAUUGGUGGCUAUAUCGAAUUUCAUAUCAUUUUCAAAUCCUAAAACACCCUUGUAUCCACGCCUUGCUCAAGGGAAGUCUUGGAAUGAAAUAACUGUAACCUGGACAAGUGGUUAUGACUUAGAUGAAGCUGUGCCAUUUGUUGAAUGGGGUAGCAAGGGAAAUUCGCAACUGAGAUCUCCUGCAGGAACUUUGACAUUUAAAAGGAACAGCAUGUGUGGUUCACCUGCAAGAACAGUUGGCUGGCGUGAUCCAGGUUUCAUACAUACAAGUUUCUUGAAAAAUUUGUGGCCAAACUUUGUAUACACAUACAGGAUGGGUCAUCUCUUAUCUAACGGUUCAUUGGUCUGGAGCAAGAUAUACUCAUUUAAAUCAUCCCCAUAUCCUGGACAAGACUCAUUACAAAGGGUCAUAAUAUUUGGCGAUAUGGGUAAGGCAGAACGUGAUGGUUCAAAUGAGUACAGUAAUUAUCAGCCUGGUUCACUCAAUACUACAGACCAACUCAUUAAGGAUUUAAGCAACAUCGACUUAGUUUUCCACAUAGGAGACUUAUCAUAUGCAAAUGGAUACAUUUCACAGUGGGACCAAUUCACAGCACAGGUUGAGCCUAUAGCAUCAACUGUUCCAUACAUGAUUGCAAGCGGUAAUCAUGAACGUGAUUGGCCAAACACGGGAUCAUUCUAUGAUACUAAAGAUUCAGGUGGCGAAUGUGGUGUGCCAGCUGAAACCUUGUUUUAUUUUCCUGCUGAGAACAAGGCAAAGUUUUGGUACUCAACAGAUUAUGGCUUAUUUCACUUCUGCAUAGCUGACAGUGAACAUGACUGGAGAGAAGGAUCAGAACAGUAUAUGUUUAUUGAGAAAUGCCUUGCAUCGGCAGACAGACAUAGGCAGCCUUGGUUGAUCUUUGCAGCUCAUCGUGUUCUUGGAUAUUCCUCUGAUUACUAUUAUGGCAAGAAGGGCUCAUUUGAAGAGCCUAUGGGAAGGGAAAGUUUGCAGAAGCUUUGGCAGAAGUACAAAGUUGACAUUGCCUUCUAUGGCCAUGUCCAUAACUAUGAAAGGACAUGCCCAAUCUACCAGAACCAGUGUGUGAACAAAGAAAGAAAUCAUUACUCAGGCGUUGUUAAUGGAACGAUCCACGCUGUUGUUGGUGGGGGAGGAAGCCACCUUUCAGAUUUCAGUGAAGUCAUCCCAAAUUGGAGUCUUUACAGAGAUUAUGACUUUGGAUUCGUCAAGCUGACAGCAUUUAACCACUCAUCCCUGCUAUUUGAGUAUAAGAAGAGCCGUGAUGGGAAGGUUUAUGAUUCCUUCACCAUUUCAAGGGGCUACAGAGAUGUACUGGCUUGUGUGCAUGAUGGCUGUGAAGCAACAACAUUGGCAUCUUGAACGAUAUCAUUCAUCUUUUGUUGAGUGACCAAUUAAGUGCAUUUUAUCAGUAGAAUUCUUUGGUUGAUUUGUCCUUUUAAAAUGUUCUCAACAACAAAAUUAAUGAAAUUUCAUUGACCAACACAUCAUAUACGCUCAAACAAAAUGGUGGCAGUAGUG